AUGUCAUUGCAUAUUGGGCGGCUUUCCCAAGAUGUGCGGCAAAGUUAUCUUGAACAUCUGUUCCAGAGGUUUGGUCGUUGCACUGUGAACCUGAAAGAUGGAUAUGGGUUUGCUGUGUAUGAUUCUGAUGAUGAUGCAACUAGAGCCAUGAGGGCCCUGCAUGGGAAAUAUGUUUGUGGGGAGUGCAUUACUGUUAAUUGGUCAAAGCAGCAGCCCAGAUUUUCUCAGGGUUUCAGGAGAAGUUCAAGAUUUGUUGAAUUGUCUCGCGGAAGAAACUUCAGAGAUGCUAGGGACAAUGUUAGGUUCAGGGAUCCUCUAGCUCGGAAUAAUCAACCAGCAAAUCAUGAUCAGAGUCAUAAUUCUGAUGCUGGGCUAGAAAAGGAAUCUGGUAAAUUUGCUGAGGUUGUCAAUGAUGCUGGAGAAAACAUUGGCGAUGAUCCAGGGGAGGUGAAGAGGGAUGAAGGUGGUACAAAUGAUGAAGGUCCAGGGGAGGUGAAGACUGACGAAGGUGGUACAGCUGAUGCAAAUAUAAUUGAGCAUGAUAGAUGGGCUGGGAAAGGUACCCCUGGUGGAGACGGCGAUGAUUUUGACCGCUAUGAGCCUUAUCAUGGAUAUGAAAGGCAAGAAGAAACAGAAAAUGUGAUUAAAGCAAGUUCUUAUGAUUCUCGUGAACACAAACUUUCUUCAGAGAAGUGGAAAGAGCACUCUGACAAGCAUGUUGACAUAAGCCAUGAUAAAUCAAGAUCUCCUCCAACCUGUUACAGUUGUGGUGUUGCUGGCCAUAUUGCACGUAAUUGCCCUCAUGGAAUAGAUGAUAACUUCAUACCAAGGAGAGAUGGAUUGAACUUUAGGGAAAAAUGGCAGCUGAGGCAGAGAAGAUUUGGGUCGCCCUCGAGGAGGCGACCAGCUCGGAGGCGACCAGAAUUUCAUAUUCAUCCAUUGGACCAAACAAAUCAUAGAGUUCAAGAUGGUAGGAAGCCAUUUGCUGAGAGGAAUAUGCGAAUGCAUUGGCCGAGAGACAGCAGGAGACAUGCCCACUACAGUGAAAACAUGCCGCAAACAAACAAGGAAGGACGCAAGAGAAGCAGAUCUGAAAGGUCUCGGGGGUCAUCGCCCUCUUCAGAACCUUCAAGGCGCUCUAACCAUGCUAAUGUUAAGAGAUCUCAUUCCAACAGGACUUCCUCAGAUUCAAGAUCUAAAUCCCCCCGAUCCCGGCCUCGAUUUAAAGCACAUUCUCCAACUUAUUCUGCACAUUCUAGUUCAAAAUCAUCUCAACCAACUCAGCAUGAAGGAUCAAGAUCAAAUAUCAACCAUCCUGUUCCAUUUUCAGUAUCUGCUUCACCACAGCACAAGUCAUCUCCUGAUGUAGAGAACAAAAAUCUAGUUGGUCUGAUGAAUUCUCAAUUGGAGGACAAUUUGGAGUUCAGGACAAGAUCUGAAGUAAAAAAUCUGGAUGAGAACAAUCAAGAAGGGAAUGGUUCAGUUUUGAACAGCAAGGUCCUGAAUGGGGAAAUGCUUGUUCGUAACAAGAAUGCUAAUGUUACUGGUUACACAGGGUCUGACUUCGGUAAGAACUUGGUUGAUGAUAAUGCUGCCAAUAGAGUGCAAAGCCAGAAUGCUAACUUUGAAGACUCUUUGUCAGUGAAAUCAAAGCAGGACGUUCUGGCCAAAAAUGGGAGGAACAAGUCUUUGAAGCUAACAACUAAUGAAGUGAUCUCAGCUCUGAAGCACUAUGGGAUUGAGGCACAAGAGGGAGAUUCAUCAGAUCAAUCUGUGGAGAAGUACUUUGGUGCUGCACGCCUGUGGCCUUGGGAAAUCAUUUACUAUCGCAGGCGUAAGAAAGGUCCGAUAUCUACUGAGAAUUAUGCUAAGCGACUUGAGCAGAACAAAGAAUUUGGUAUUGUGGAUCAGUAUGUCAGAAGCAGCAGUGGUUGGUGGGAGUGUCAUUAA